GUAGAAAUUACAAGUUCAAUCUUAUCUAUUAGCACUGAUUAAAAGAUUUGAGUCGAAGCCCGCAAUCGGCAGCAUCUUAUAACCUAUAAAAAUUAACAGAAUCAAGCAAGUAUUCCUGCAGGGUAUAUUUAAUUUCUAAUCUUUGAAAAAUGGCACCUUCAAUCAAGGUUGGAAUCAUUGGUGGAACUGGCAUGGAUAAUCCUGAUAUCCUAAAAAAUAGGACAGAGAAGGAAGUGACCACGCCAUUUGGUUAUCCCUCUGAUAAAUUGAUUUUGGGGGAAAUUGGUGGAGUACCUUGUGUUCUGCUGGCCAGGCAUGGUAGAAAGCACAAUAUUUUACCCCAUCAAGUGAACUACCGAGCAAACAUUUGGGCUUUGAAACAAGAAGGCUGUACACAAAUUAUAGUAUCAACAGCUACUGGAUCACUUCGAGAAGACUAUAAGCCAGGGGACUUAGUCAUAUUGAAUAAUUUCAUUGAUAAUACUCAUGGAAGACAUCAGACAUUUUAUGAUGGCUCUUGUAAUGCACUUGAAGGUAUCUGCCAUAUCCCUAUGGAACCUCCCUAUUGUGAGAAGUUGCGGCAGGUUAUCAUCAAGACAGCUGAGAAGUUGGGUAUUUUUUGUCAUUCAUCUGGUACUAUAAUUGCCGUAAAUGGUCCCAGAUUUUCUAGUAAGGCUGAGAGCCUUAUGUUCAGGCAAUGGGGUGCUGAUGUUAUUUCAAUGACAACAUGUCCAGAGGUAGUAUUGGCCAAGGAAGCAGGCAUCAGUUAUGCUGGUGUAGCACUUGUAACUGAUUAUGAUUGCUGGAAACCGAACACUGAACAUGUUUCACAUGAAUUGGUUUUGAAGAUUUUUAAUGAUAAUAUUGGAAAAGUAGUGAAACUUAUCUGUGCUUCUGUUGAAAAUAUGAUGAAAGAAGAUUGGUCCCAAAAAAUCCAAGAAAAUGAGGAGUUUGUUAAGAAGAGUAUCUGGACAUAAUGCUAUAACUAUUGUUAUGAAAAAUGGACUAACCUUAACUACAUUUACAGUCAUUCUGAAGAUUACAUGAUAUAUUUUUCUAUUGUCAGUAUUAUGAUGGUAAAGUUGUGUAAUAAUGAAAUACCAUUGUAUAUUUUAUGAGAAAUUUUAUUUGUAACAAAUAUAGGUGAAUUCAAAGUUUU